AUUAUAAUAACCUAUUUUCUUUUAUCUUCAAACAUAUCUAUACCAACCAAACUUGACGGGAAUGCCAUUUCCCGAGUCGUUUUCUCAGUUUCAGAUUCUCAUUGUUAAGUCUUUGGUGUUUGAUUUUAUCUCCCCAAUUCGGACUGCUCACUGAACUCUGUUGCAGAAAUUCUACAGCUUAUUUCAAACCUUUGGUUCUUGCUUGACUAGAGUAAGCCUUAUCCGAUUUCUCUAUCUCUUUAUUUAAUGUUAAUGGUGUUUGUUUUAUUCUGACUCUUGUGCUUCGGGGUUUAUGGGAUUUUGCUCUUACUCUGUUUGGCAACCUGUGUAUCUCGUCAAAUCCCAUUCCAAUACCUUUGGCUGUUUCCAUUGAAGAGAAUAGAAUCUUGUUGCUAAUUCCCAAGUUGGAAAUUUCAGAUACUUACUGGUUGAUUUUCUUUUCAUUUUUAAUACUGGGGAACUGGAAGAUGUUGCGGGUGAGAUUUAGUGGACCUGUUUUCUUGGUGUCACAUUGUUUCUUGGUUCUCCUUACACUUGCACAAACUUCUAGUACUGAUCCUUCUGAAGGCAAGGAGUCGCUUGGCAACUGCUCUCAUGUUCUCAAAUUCGUUACGUUUUGCAGUCAGUGCAUUGCUAGCGGUAAGGAACAGUUUGAUUGAUCCUUUUAGGCAACUCAGGAACUGGGACAAGGGAGAUCCAUGUACAUCAAAUUGGACUGGAGUAGUGUGUUAUGAUACAAUCGGGACUGAUAGUUACUGGCAUGUCGACGAGCUUCAGCUACUAAAUAUGAAUCUUUCUGGAAGUUUAGCUCCUCAGCUUGGCCAACUCACUCGACUGAAAAUAUUGGAUUUUAUGUGGAAUGACUUGGAUGGCAGCAUACCAAAGGAAAUAGGAAAUAUUUCAACUUUGAUACUCCUGCUCUUGAGUGGAAACAAAUUAUCAGGUGCUUUACCUGAUGAACUUGGCUUCUUAUCAAGUUUAAAUAGACUCCAACUGGAUCAGAACAAAAUUUCAGGUCAAAUACCAAAGUCAUAUGCUAACUUGAGCAGUGUGAAACACAUCCACUUCAACAACAACUCCAUAAGUGGUCAAAUCCCAUCUGAGCUAUCCAAAUUAUCCACUCUUCUCCACUUGCUUUUGGAUAAUAAUAACUUGUCGGGGAAUCUUCCUCCAGAGCUCUCAAACCUGCCAGAGUUGCGCAUACUUCAACUCAACAACAAUAACUUCAAUGGGUCUGAGAUUCCAGCUACUUAUGCAAAAUUUUCCAAAUUAGCAAAAUUAAGUCUUAGGAAUUGCAGCUUGCGUGGAGCUAUUCCCGAUUUUAGCAGCAUUCCGGACCUACUCUAUUUGGAUCUGAGCUGGAAUUACCUUACUGGAUCAAUACCAUCAAACCUUUCUGUUAAUAUGACAACUAUUGAUUUGUCAGACAACCGACUUAAUGGAUCUAUACCAGAAAGCUUCUCAAACCUUCCUAUGCUUCAGAGACUCUCACUUGAGAAUAAUUUGUUUACUGGUUCUGUCCCCACUGACAUCAGGCAGAACAUGUCCUUCAACACAAAUGAUAGACUUACUAUUGAUCUGAGGAACAAUCUACUCUCCAACAUUUUAGGGAAACUAAAUCAGCGGCAUAAUAUCACCUUGAGGUUGGAAGGCAAUCCUGUCUGCAAUGAUGCCAACAUAUCAAACAUUGAGCAGUUCUGUGGAUCGGACGCUGAACGAGAUGGAACUACUGAAAGCUCAACAAAUUAUACAACAAUAUGUCCUAUUCAAGCAUGUCCAGUAGAUAAUUUCUUUGAAUAUGCCCCAGCAUCUCCUAUGCCAUGCUAUUGUGCAGCCCCACUUAGAAUUGGAAUCCGGCUUAAGAGCCCUAGUUUCUCUUAUUUUCUUCCAUAUAUUUAUCCAUAUGAGAAAUACUUAACUAGUGCUCUUAAAUUGGACCUCUACCAAUUAUACAUUGAUUCAUUAAUUUGGGAGGAAGGUCCUCGUUUAAGGAUGUAUUUGAAGCUUUUUCCUGCAUGGGAUGAUGAACAUUCACACAUAUUUAAUUCAACUGAGGUCCAGCGGUUGAGACACAUGUUCUUGUCAUGGAAUUUUCCUCGCACAGACUUUUUUGGACCAUAUGAGCUUCUAAACUUCACUUUGGUGGGACCUUAUUCACACUUGGAUUUUGGCACCCAAAGGAGAGGAAUCAAUAAAGCUGUUUGGGCAGCCAUAAUAAUAGGUGCUAUUGCUUGCACUUUUGUAGCAUCUACUAUUAUCACACUUCUGAUUGUUAGAAGACAUGCUAGAUACUCUUGGAAUCUGUCAAGGAAACGAUUGUCCACAAAGAUAUCAAUGAAAGUUGAUGGGGUAAAAUUCUUCACUUUAAGAGAAAUGGUCCUGGCAACUGACAACUUUAACAGCUCAGCUCAGGUUGGUCGAGGAGGCUACGGAAAGGUUUAUAGAGGCAUUUUAUCUGACAACACAACUGUGGCCAUAAAGCGUGCUGAGCAAGGUUCCUUUCAAGGACAAAAAGAAUUUUUGACUGAAAUUAGAUUGUUGUCCAGGUUACAUCACAGAAAUCUAGUUUCAUUAAUUGGGUACUGUGAUGAAAAAGGGGAGCAGAUGCUGGUCUAUGAGUUCAUGCCCAAUGGCACUUUGCGGGAUUGGCUUUCAGCUACAGCUAAAGAAAAGCUGAACUUUGGUAUGAGGUUAAACAUAGCUUUGGGUUCAGCUAAAGGCAUUCUUUACCUUCAUACUGAAGCAAACCCACCAGUGUUUCAUCGGGAUAUCAAGGCCAGCAACAUACUUCUGGACUCCAAACUUACUGCAAAAGUUGCUGACUUUGGACUCUCACGUCUCGCUCCUGUCCUGAAUGAUGAAGGGACUUUGGCUAACCAUGUAUCCACAGUAGUGAGGGGAACUCCGGGAUACAUUGAUCCAGAAUAUUUUCUGACCCAUAAGUUGACAGACAAGAGUGAUGUCUAUAGCCUUGGGAUUGUAUUUCUGGAGCUCUUGACAGGAAUGCAUCCAAUAUCACAUGGGAAAAACAUCGUCCGAGAGGUAUUGAUGGCUCAUCAGUCUGGUACGAUGUUCUCCAUCAUAGACAGCAGAAUGGGUUCUUAUCCGUCUGAAUGUGUGGGGAGACUUGUAUCUCUAGCCCUUAGGUGUUGCCAUGACGAGCCAGAGAAUCGGCCAUCGAUGUUGGAGGUGGUCAGAGAGCUAGAGAACAUACUCAAAAUGAUGCCGGAAACUGAUGCCAUCUUUUCAGAACCCAUGUACCCAUAUUCUGGCAAGUCAGCAUCAUCAUCUCCACUUUGCAGGAGCAUGGAUCCAUAUGCUUCCUGCAGUGUUUUAGGAAGUGAUCUUGCCAGUGAUAUCACCCCCAUCAUCAAUCCUAGAUGACAUGGAGGUACUCAUGACGUGUGCUUGAUUCAAAUCCUCUUAAGAUGAGUCUAAUUAGUUUAACUAGAAGGAAAGGAAUUUGUAGAUAUACGUAGAAGCUUUGGUGCUACUGAUACUUGAACCGGAUACUGACGUUGAUUUAAAGCUUGUUGCUAAUAAUUUCAAAUUUGAAAAGUCUAAUAAAUUUCUUAAUAUUUUCAUAAA